CCACCUGAGUGAGGGUGUGGCCAAAAGAACCGUAAACCCUCAUCGGGGAUUUCCUUUCAAUUGAUUCUAAAACCCUUCUCGCCCUUACAAAACCUCUCUUCUUCUUCUUCUACCUUUUUCUCCCUGUAUCACUGCAACCUGCAAAAUCUCAUCCUCGCCAAGCAUGAGCUCCUUCACCAAUUCCACCACCAACUUCGACAAUCUUCUCCUCCAAACCCUGAUGGGCCGGCUCCAAAUCCGCCCGCCACAACCCUCCUCCGCCGCCGCCGCCUCCCACCACCCUCUCAUUUCUCAGUCCCUUGAGGACCUCCUAUUCGACGCCGUCAACAACCUCUCCGACUUGGACGAUGAUGACGAUGAGGACGACGACUACGGGACUGAUUCUAAAACCCAGCUCGCAAGGGAAGAGUCCAAGCUCGAGAAGGAAAUCAUCAAGGUGAUCCUCGCCGGCAACACCGAUUCCCUCAAACCCAAUUCAGGUCAAGCUGUCACCAUCGGCGAGCACCAUAUUUGUGUCGGGUUCCACGAGGAAACCGGAUCAGAGUAUCGGGUAUGGGAGUGGCACGGUCAUAUUAUGCUCUUUGAUGAAGAGGAGGGGUAUAUGCCCGAGUAUAUAUACGGGAACUACUUUGAGAGAUUGAAGGGUAAACCACGAAGAGGAGUGGAGGCUGUUAAGGACAAGGAAGAGGAGGAGGUGGAGAAGAAGGAAGAGGAGCAGGUGGGGAACUUGGGGUUGAGAGAGUUGAUCGAUGGUGGAGAAUCAGCAGGAGCAGCUCGGAUUCUUCACAGGAAUGCCAAUGCUGGUUCCCCGAGCGGUAUGAAAUACAUCUGACAGAAUUUGACUGCGAAGAUCCCCGACCGUUUUGAUAAAAAUAAGUCUUAGGAUGGUGAAAGAUCAAACUACGCACAGUCAUAUAUCCUGCGGGUUUAUGUUGCCUCCGUUGAUCCGAGGUUCUGCCUAGUGUUCUGUCCAAAGAAGAUUCAAGUUUGACAGUGCAGAGGAUUGCCAUUUAUUUGUAUGUCACUGUACUAUGAUCAGUUCUUCCAAAUUAGCCGAGUAAUUACCCGAAGUAAUAUAUCGGUUUCACAUCUGUUAACGACUCCUGCUGUUGCUUGUGGGAUUUGUUUCUCUAGUCUUUGGUGUAUUUCUUCUACUA